AUGUUUGCAAAUGGGGAUGAUUGUACUAAAAUUUACAAGGCUGAAGAAGAACAUGUAAAAGGUGUUUUCGUAACCAUUGAAAAUCAUUUAACCAUGCUAGUAAAGAGUUUUAAAAAAUAUUUUCUUGCUGAUGACAAACUGAUAGCAAGUUACGAGUGGGUUAGGGAUCCAUUUCAUAAGACACCCGAAGAACUCUCAAUUGAUGAGGAAGAAAAUUUGAUAGAUUUCACGACAAGUGGUGAAACUAAAAGACAAUUUAGUAAUAAACCACUGUUUGAAUUUUGGGCAGGAGUAGAGGAUGAUUUUUCUGCACUGAGAACAAGGGCAUUUCGCAUUCUAUUACCAUUUUCAACAUCUUACCUUAGUGAAACUGGAUUUUCUGCUGUGGCUCUUUGA